AAUUAAGAGUAAUGUGUGUGUCUCUUCUGACUUAUGAACUUUAUGUUUCAUUGCUACCUAGGUUUGCAGUUUAUACAGAGAAAGUACAUUUUUUUCUGCAUGCUUUCCUGCUUUGAGAGAUGGAGCCUGUCUCCCAUGGGACUUUGCCACAUGAGGAGAAUGUGCAGCGCAUGUGUAUGUCUGAUGUCUGUGUGCAUUUGUGUGUGUGUGUGAGAGAGAGAGAGAGAGAGAGAGAGAGAGAGAGAGAGUGGGUGUGCAUGUGUGCAAGCAUAAAAGAGACAAGCAGAGUGUAAGCUAGAGCAAAGAGGAUGCUGCUUCUGGAGGAAGACCGUGCUAGUGCUGCUUUUCCUUCCUGUGUUACAUGAUUUACUCCAGUGAGAUCUGACCUCUGCUUUGUGUCAUUUUCGGCACCGUCCCUGCUGGACAUCAUCAGCGGCUGGAAACUGGGCAGGGCUUGUGGAAGUGCUCUUCAUUUUGGCUUAUUUUUCACGUGUGUGUGCUCAGAGUCACGGAGAGACAGAGAGAGAGAGAGAGAGAGAGAGAGAGAGCAGGGCAAUGGAUACAGAGUGUAUCAUGCAUGUGCAAUAACUGAGCACCAGGAGCAGCAGGCAGAGUUGGAAGGGGGUGGGGGGGUAGAGUGAGAGUAAGAGAGAGAGUAAGCUCAGACAAAAGCUGCAGACUGUUCCUUCACCGACCACAAGCAGCAACAAAGACAAAAGGGGGAAAGCUGCUGAAGCUGGGGCUCAGGCUCUUUGCCUCAUUACUGCCAGGAUUCCAUGAAGCACGGGCAUCACGCAGAGGGCAAAUAGGAUGUCAGUGUCAGGGAAGAAGGAGUUUGACGUGAAGCAGAUCCUCAGGCUUCGCUGGCGCUGGUUCAGUCAUUCCUCACAGACAUCAGCAGGAAGCGGGGGAUACAUUCAGCAAGAUGGCUUUGACCACCGAGGUACACCGCUCCAGAGCCGCCUUAAGAGUCACUCCCGGGACAGAGGGGGGCUUCGCAAGAGCAACAGCCCCGCGCACAGCAUCCUGGCUCCAACCCCUGGCCCAACACCUGUCUAUGUCAGGCCGGGCAAUCAAUCAUGGCACCAGCAGAACAUCAUCCAGCACUUCCAAGCCAGCGAGGACUCGCCGAAAAACAGCUCACCUGCCACCGGCAGGAAGGAGGACGGCAAAAGCAGCCAGGAACAUGUGAAAAGCAACCCGGUGGAACCUUCCGAGGAGGAAACCACAGACAGGCUGAUUUUGACCAGUUACUCCAGGAUGAGCUCCAACUGCUCAGACGAGUUUUUCCAGGCCACAAACCAUGCGGAACAGACCUUCCGCAAGAUGGAGACUUACCUGCAGCACAAGCAGCUGUGUGAUGUGCUCUUGAUAGCCGGAGAUCAUAAAAUCCCUGCGCACAGGCUUGUCUUAAGCGCUGUUUCUGACUACUUUGCUGCCAUGUUCACCAACGACGUCCGAGAAGCGAAACAAGAGGAGAUCAAAAUGGAAGGUGUCGACCCAGAGGCCCUGAGAUCAUUAGUUCAUUUUGCAUACACUGGUGUCCUUGAGCUGAAGGAAGAGACGAUCGAGAGCCUAUUAGCUGCAGCGUGUCUUCUUCAGCUCUCACAAGUUAUUGAGGUCUGCUGCAACUUUCUAAUGAAACAGCUACACCCGUCCAACUGCCUGGGGAUCCGCUCGUUUGCUGAUGCUCAGGGAUGCAUGGAUCUGCUGAACGUGGCCCAUAGCUACACCAUGGAACACUUUCUAGAGGUCAUUCAGAAUCAGGAGUUCCUGCUGCUUCCUACCAUGGAAAUAGUGAAACUACUGGCCAGUGACGACAUCAACGUCCCCGAUGAAGAGACUAUUUUUCAAGCGCUGAUGAUGUGGGUUCGCCAUGAUGUGCAACAUCGGCAACAAGACCUGGGAGUUCUGCUUGCAUACAUUCGUCUACCCUUACUGCCACCUCAGCUUCUUGCUGACUUGGAGAACAAUAAAAUGUUUUCUGAAGAUCUGGAAUGCCAAAAGCUACUGAUGGAGGCUAUGAAGUAUCAUUUGUUGCCAGAGCGCCGGCCAAUGCUACAGAGCCCAAGGACCAAACCACGUAAAUCCACUGUUGGGGCACUUUACGCUGUAGGAGGAAUGGACGCCUCAAAAGGUUCCACAACAAUAGAGAAGUAUGACCUUCGCACCAACACAUGGAUCCAGGUCGGCAUCAUGAACGGCCGGAGGCUACAGUUCGGUGUGGCAGUUAUCGAUAACAAGCUCUAUGUGGUUGGGGGAAGGGAUGGCCUGAAGACGUCCAACAUGGUGGAGUGCUACGACCCGAUUACUAAAGUGUGGUGCACUAUGCCCCCUAUGUCAACUCACAGACAUGGGCUAGGGAUUGCUGUGCUGGAAGGGCCUAUGUAUGCGGUGGGAGGUCAUGAUGGAUGGAGCUAUCUGAACACAGUGGAGAGGUGGGACCCCCAGGCCAGACAGUGGAAUUAUGUGGCUAGUAUGUCCACUCCUCGCAGCACUGUGGGAGUCACUGCUCUUAAUGGAAAAUUGUUUGCUGUGGGUGGUCGUGAUGGGAGCUCCUGCCUGCGGUCGAUGGAAUGUUUUGAUCCCCAUACAAACAAAUGGAGCAUGUGUGCACCAAUGGCGAAGAGGAGAGGAGGGGUAGGUGUGGCCACAUACAACAGUUUCCUCUAUGCAGUCGGUGGCCAUGACGCACCCGCUUCAAACCACUGCUCUCGCCUGUCCGAUUGUGUGGAGAGGUAUGACCCAAAAACAGACACGUGGACCACGGUGUCGUCCCUCAGCGUGCCUCGUGAUGCAGUGGGAGUGUGUUUGCUCGGGGACAAACUGUAUGCGGUUGGUGGCUACGAUGGCCAGUCCUACCUGAACAGCGUGGAGUCCUACGAUGCACAGAAUAACGAGUGGACAGAGGAGGUCCAGCUGAAUAUCGGCAGAGCCGGGGCCUGUGUGGUUGUGGUGAAAUUGCCUUGAGCGCUGAGGCUUUCGGAGCCGUGCUCUUACAGCAGACACACCAGCAGUAGAGAACAAAAAAAAAAAAAAAAGAAAGAAAAA